AUGUUUCGUAACAAUUACGACAAUGAUUCUGUCACCUUCUCUCCUCAAGGUCGGAUCUUCCAAGUCGAAUACGCACAAGAGGCCGUAAAGCAAGGUUCAGUCGUGGUUGGGAUCGUCAGUAAGACUCAUGCAGUCCUCGCCGCCAUCAAACGUAACGCAGAAGAGCUAUCAUCUUACCAGCGAAAGAUCAUCCCGAUUGAUACGCAUUAUGGUAUUGCUCUGGCAGGUCUGGCCUCCGACGCUCGCGUGCUCUCAAACUUUAUGAAGCAGCAAUCCCUGGCUUCACGUCUAACUUACGACCGUCCGAUACUUCUCUCCGAUAUCACCUCGCGCAUCGGCGACCGUGCACAAACCAACACACAGCAGUACGGCCGACGACCUUAUGGUGUUGGUCUUCUGAUUGCCGGCGUCGAUGCAAAAGGCCCGCAUCUCUUCGAGUUCCAGCCGUCGGGAGUAACGCAGGAGAUGAUUGCAUGCGGUAUUGGUGCACGGUCACAGAUGGCGCGGACAUACCUCGAGAGGAACCUUGAGAGCUUUGAGAACGCAACGCGGGAAGAGCUCAUUCAGCAUGCUCUACGAGCAUUGAAGGACAGUUUGAGUCAAGACAAGGAAUUGUCCGUGGAUAACACAAGCGUGGGUGUUGGAGGAAUUGAUGAGACCUUCAAGCUACAUGAGGGUCAGGCAGUUGCUAGCUGGCUAGAGACGGCGUUCGAAAACAAAGCUGAAGGUGGUGAAAGCAUGGAGGUGGACGAGUAG